GCUAAACUUAGGGCUUGAGCUUGAGCUUCUCACUGCCUGCCAUUAGCCCAGAGACUACCAAGAAUAGUAAAGACCAAAUCAAUCAAAUGGAAGUCGGAGGAGGAGGAGGAGGAGCAGCUCCAUCGGGAGACGCCGAGAUGUCAGAGGCGGGCCCCACCCAGCAGUCAGCUCCACCUCAUCAGAUGGGGGCGGCGGAUGCCAUUCCGGCGAAGCUGAGCCACGGCGGAAGAUUCAUCCAGUACAACAUCUUCGGCAACGUCUUCGAGGUCACCGCCAAGUACAAGCCGCCCAUCAUGCCCAUCGGCAAAGGCGCUUACGGCAUCGUCUGCUCGGCUUUGAACUCGGAGACGAGCGAGCACGUGGCCAUAAAGAAGAUUGCGAAUGCUUUCGACAACAAGAUCGAUGCGAAGAGGACACUGAGGGAGAUCAAGCUGCUUCGUCAUAUGGAUCAUGAAAACGUUGUUGCCAUUCGGGACAUAAUCCCCCCACCACUCAGGAAUGUCUUCAACGAUGUUUACAUCGCCUACGAGCUCAUGGACACUGACCUCCAUCAGAUCAUUCGAUCCAAUCAAGCUCUCUCUGAGGAGCAUUGCCAGUACUUCUUAUACCAGAUCCUUCGUGGAUUGAAGUACAUUCAUUCCGCAAAUGUUCUGCAUAGGGACUUAAAGCCUAGCAAUCUUCUCCUAAAUGCUAAUUGUGACUUGAAGAUAUGUGAUUUUGGACUAGCUCGGGUCACCUCCGAGACUGAUUUCAUGACCGAGUAUGUUGUCACACGAUGGUACCGUGCACCAGAACUAUUGCUAAACUCUUCAGAUUACACUGCAGCUAUUGAUGUAUGGUCAGUAGGCUGUAUUUUCAUGGAAUUGAUGGAUCGAAAACCAUUGUUUCCUGGCAGAGAUCACGUGCAUCAGCUACGUCUGCUUAUGGAGCUGAUUGGCACCCCAUCAGAGGCUGAACUGGGAUUUUUAAAUGAAAAUGCUAAGAGAUACAUCCGGCAACUUCCUCUCUACCGCCGCCAAUCAUUCACUGAGAAGUUUCCUCAAGUUCAUCCUUCAGCCAUUGAUCUUGUAGAAAAGAUGUUAACAUUUGAUCCUACAAAGAGAAUUACUGUUGAAGACGCACUAGCUCAUCCCUACUUAACAUCUCUCCACGACAUCAGUGAUGAACCUGUUUGCAUGACUCCCUUCAGCUUCGACUUUGAGCAGCAUGCAUUGUCUGAGGAACAAAUGAAAGAGUUAAUAUAUCGAGAGGCCCUUGCAUUUAACCCAGAGUAUCAGCAGUAUUGAGGAAUCAAAUAUUUCUUUUCAUUUUGGUUGUCAUUAGUGUGUUUUUUUUUUCACGUUCCAUUUGUUUGGUGAUCAAAUUUAAAUCUUCCUGUAAAUAUGUUCCAUCCAAAAGUGGAAGGUAUUGACGCUAUUUGAUUCAACUGGAAGUCUAGAACAGUGGUAAACUGAUAAUGUGUUUGUAUCUGAAAGCUUUCUAUUUAUUUUCUUGUCGAAUUAAGUACUGCUGGGAUCAGCUUUUCUUGAAAUAAUCCAUAAGCUUCAAAAUCAAUAACAUCUACUAGUUGUAUU